AAAGGGUGUAAAAGCACGACAUUUUCUGUCACAACAUUUAAAUGUUUACGGCAGCUGCCCUCAUCGCGCCAGUGGUAGAGAAAGGUGGACGUAACUGCUGCUGUUUUUGAGAAUGGAUCCAGUGGUGCUGAGCUACCAGGACAGUUUGCUGCGGCGCUCAGACGUGGCACUUCUCAAUGGCCCGCACUGGCUCAACGAUCAGGUCAUAGGUUUUGCCUUUGAAUACUUUACAACUGAAUGCUUCAAAAGCCUUUCCGAUAAGAUAUGUUUCAUCAGCCCUGAAGUUGCUCAGUUUAUCAAAUACGCCUCGUGUCAUGAGGAGCUUGCCAUUUUUCUUGAGCCGUUGAGCCUCGCGUCUCGUCGCUGGGUAUUUUUGGCAGUCAAUGACAACUCGAAUCAAACGGCUGGCGGCUCUCACUGGAGCCUGCUCCUCUAUCGGCGAGACACCAGCCAGUUUGCCCACUACGACUCCCAGAGUGGAAGUAACUCUCUGCAUGCCCGCCGUAUUGCAGCCAAGUUGGAAGCUUUUCUUGGAGCUGGGGCGAAAGUGCCUUUUGUGGAGGAGCAGUGCCCUUCUCAGCAGAACAGUUAUGAUUGUGGCAUGUAUGUAAUCUGUAAUGCAGAGGCUCUGUGUGAGAGCAUUAAAACUGAAGGCUUCCCCAGCCUGCCCACUCCCAUCAUAACACCCACCUACAUUACACACAAACGGACAGAUUGGUAUUCGCUAAUACAGAGACUCGCCAAGGAAUGACUGGAUAACCUUAACAUUGUGCUGCAGUUCUGGGGAAAGAAGGCAAAGUAAAUCUAUCUAUUAUACUCAAUCUUGCACAAAAUAAAAACUGCAUUUUGGAUACAG